ACCGCGUGGCCGGGCAGUCCGGCCGCACUACUCAACAGCGUCGCACGACCGCCGCUCACUGGACGCCUUCCACUAGCUGCUCGCUCCUCCGCCGCGCGAGGGACACCUCUGAGAAGUCUGCUACUUGCUGCUGCAGAGAGAAUUCCGCCAACAUGGCCAGGUCACUGCUCCCAUCGCAGCUUCUCGCCCAAUGUGGGAGUUCGCUACUUGUGCUUCUGCUGGUCUGCCUGCCCGCUGCUCGCGCCAUCAGCUGCUACCAGUGUAACUCCUUCGAGGAUCCUGACUGCGACAAGAUAACGAUGGGCAACGCGACGUACGAUCGCCUUCUCAAGCCGUGUGACGGCGACUAUAACGGGGCGGAGCCCUUCUGCCGCAAAAUGGUUCAAACGCUGCAACGCGACGAGCCGGUGGUCCGCGUGCGCCGCACGUGCAGCUGGGAGCGCAGCCGCAACCCGUGUUACCAGUACGAGGACGACGACCACCUGGAGGUGGUGUGCCAGUGCUUCGCGGACGGCUGCAACGCGGCCACGGCGCCGGCGUCUCUGGGCGUCGCGACGUUGCUGUCCGGCCUGGCGUCCGUCACGGCCUUCCUGCGGCCGCACUGACUGCCGCUGCAGCUGCCGCUCCUCCAGACCUCGCUCUGGAAUCCCGGCCUCUGCACCGCAGCCCGUCCAGCAGGCCGGAGGCCGCCGCUCGUCUCGUCCGGCGAGGUCGUCGUCUCUCCGUGUGGACAUCCGCGGCGAAAGUGCUCCGUGUUGUGCUGCGACCCAGUGUCCCGAAGGACCAGCGGUCCCAGAGGCGAAAACUCAUCGCGUCUCGCCAUCAUGAUGGCUUGCUUUUGGUCAUUUCCAUUUCUUACUUCAACCGUAUUCUAGAGGCGAGGACAGCGAGAUAGCAAUGUAUCUUAUCAUAAACGUGACUGCAGUGAGAUACGCCCAAAUUGCCGCUAAUCGCAAGAGUUCUCUCACUGUCCUUGCCUCCACGUAUUACCUCUAUUUCUCAGCCAUCAUCAUCAGCAAUCUUACAUUCACUACUGCAGUAAGACACAGCCUUCUCCACGCACUAUGACCACUUACAUAGUAAAUACUCAACAAAAUUCAGUUACCUCCGAGAACACUGAAAAGCUCUAACUUCUGCCCCUCUCCCAGAUACCUCUCAUUUACAUUCUGAAGUGAAAAUCACUACCCAUACAAUUUGCACUGUUCACGUGUCGGUGGGAUUUUUACACUACGAAGAAACGUCAGGUAACAGGACAAAUACUCAUGAAAUUGAUUACAUUCUUCUAGAAAUAUUUGUGACAGCCGUGUAGACGCAGCAUGUCAGUAUGUUACCAUCGAAAAGUACAAAGGGACAAAUUUUGAAACAUUGCUACCAACAGAAUGUGAUUAUCUGGAAAAAUGGUUGUAUCAUAUUAUUGUUACUCUACAGACAGAUAGAAAGUGCGGUAGGAAACGAUAAGUGUGCAGAAAAUGCAAACGUUUCUAUUACAUUCCUCUUAUCGAACAACAUAGUGGUUGUGUCCUUUGUUAAUGGAACCCUUUAAAUUCGCCUUUUCUUUCAGCUCUACAUACAUGUGCUUUUUGUGGUACCAAGUAAUCGCACAUAUGUACUGGAAGCGCGAUUCACAUCUAAUAGCUUAUUUACUUCCCCUGCAGCUAAUUUUUGAAAAUGUGAUAUGAAGGAGAAUACCCUGGACAGGCAGUAAAUUUUUAAUUCCAAAAUAAUCAGUAUUUUUUCCUUUUUAUGGCCCUGUGAAAAUAUCAGAUAUACAAUGCAUUCAGAGAAUUUCAGCUUCCAAAAAUGUGCUCCAGGAAAUUCUACUCUGCAAUAUGUGUAAAAGUACAAAUCUUCAAAUAUACCAAUUUUUUGAUGUAUAUACGACUUGCCACAAUAGUGAAACCAAUUGUUGUUAAGGUGUAAUUUCUUUUUGGAAACGCAAACUUGUGUGAAUACAUUAAAAACUAAGUUUCGAGCCACAGUGUAGUCUUUGUGACUCUGAAUAA